GACAGGAGGAGGAAGGGGACAUAAAGGGAGGAAGGAAGAGGGGGCAGGAGGAAAAAGACAAGACAAGGGGACCCAGACUGAGAGGGAAGAUGGCUGAACCGGAGCUGAAAUCACGGAGCAAGGAGAGUGUUGCUAAGGCGGCGAGCCAGGAGAAGAUGGGGGCAGCUGACGCUGACCCAGACCAAGAUGGUCUGAUUGUGGAGCAGCCAGCAUCUCCAUCUACCCCCAUGGUCUCUGCUCCCACCGCCACAAGCCCCACUAAUGGCUCACCUGCCAAAGGGGAGAAGAUCGAGCUGAAACGCAGCAUCACCCUCUUCAAUGGUGUGGGAAUGAUCAUAGGCACCAUCAUUGGCUCUGGCAUUUUCGUCACUCCGACAGGUGUGGUCAAAGAGACUGGCUCAGCUGGGCUCUCCCUGAUCAUCUGGUCUGCUUGUGGAGUGGUAUCUACCAUGGGUGCCCUAUGCUACGCCGAGCUGGGCACAACCAUCGUUAAGUCAGGGGGAGACUACACUUACAUCUUGGAGGUGUAUGGCGAACUAGCGGCCUUUCUCAAGCUGUGGGUGGAGAUGCUCAUCAUUCGGCCAUCGUCACAGUAUGUGGUGUCGCUGGUGUUUGCAACCUAUCUUCUGAAACCUCUCUACCCAAACUGUGCCGUGCCCGACAGUGCUGCCAAGCUCAUUGCCUGCCUGUGUCUUACAUCCCUGACGUUUGUAAACUGUAUCAGUGUGAGAGCGGCUACCAAGGUCCAGGACUUGUUCACGGCCUCCAAGUUGCUAGCUCUGAUCAUCAUUAUCCUCUUUGGCUUCAUACAGAUUUUCACAGGUGAUGUGCCGUACCUGGCACCAGACAAGGCAUUUGAAGGCAGCAAAUUGGGGGUUGACAACAUUGUCUUGGCUUUGUACAGCGGUCUCUUUGCUUUUGGAGGCUGGAAUUACCUGAAUUACGUGACCGAGGAGAUGAUCAAUCCAGAGAGGAACCUGCCCUUGGCUAUCAUCAUAUCCAUGCCGAUAGUGACGGUGGUGUAUGUUCUGACCAACCUGGCUUACUUCACCACCAUCUCUCCUCAAGUCAUGGUCGAAUCCGAGGCUGUUGCCGUGAGUUUUGGGGAGUACCAUCUUGGUGUGAUGUCGUGGCUGAUUCCUGUCUUUGUGGGACUGUCCUGCUUUGGAGCUGUCAACGGAUCCCUCUUCACCUCAGCACGGUUAUUCUAUGCUGGAGCUCGAGAGGGUCAACUCCCUGCUGCUCUGGGAUUGGUUCACACAGACCUUUUCACACCAGUGCCGUCCCUCAUCUUCACAUGUUUGCUGUCCAUGAUGUAUGCCAUCUCCCAGGACAUCUUCUCUGUCAUCAAUCUCUUCAGCUUCUUCACAUGGCUGUGUGUUGGUAUGGCCAUUGCUGGUAUGGUUUGGCUGCGCAUCACCAAGCCCGACCUCAGAAGGCCCAUUAAGGUGUAUCUCUUCAUCCCCGUGACUUUCGUUUUGGGCUGUGUCUUCAUGAUCGUCGUGUCCUUCUGGGCAGCUCCAUUUGAGUGCCUGGUAGGCAGCAGCAUUAUUCUCACAGGCAUCCCAGCAUACCUACUGGGCUACAAGUGGAAGAAACCCCAUGUGGUCAAGAAGAUGCUGGAAAUCUUCACCAUGUUCUGUCAGAAGAUCUUCAUGUCUGUUCCUGAGGAGAGGGGGCAACACGAGGCGGCUGAGUAACGCUGGACAGACUGAACCAGAUGCAGGACUGAGUCAAUAUUUUUAUCUGAACAAUUCUUGACAUGUUUACAUUCAUUCAUUUGUAAUUCGGCUCCAGCAACUUCUUUUUUAUUUUUAAAAAAAAUAUUUUUACCUUUAUCAAACAAUGCAGGUAACUGUGGAACAAAUUGGUAUAUACUGUACAAGUGUACAAGAGCAGCCCGGCACUCUUGGUAAAGGAGGGUUUGAUGUGUGUAUGCUCUUGUGAACAAACUCUUUAGGCAUAUUUGAUGAACACUACAUGGUGUUUAAAAUAUCAAAAUUUUUGAAAUUGAGACGCUGCUUUUAUUCUGAAUCUGUUUCACAGUUGUAUCUCCGUUAAUGCUAGAACAUGCUUAUAUGUUGCAUGCUAGUUAGUUAAUGGGGAGUCGUGCGCUGAUCUUGAUGCCAGACACAUAAUUAAUUGUAUACUGAAAACAGCAGCAGAAGCUCCAGACAAUAUAUUCUAGUGGCCUAAAACAACAAGUUUAUUGUUUGCCUGAAGUGUACAAAUGAGUAGUUUAAUGAGACAAAUAAAAAAAAUUAACUUUCUUUACUUUUGCUAAACACUAACAACCAAAACUAGACAUAGUUUAUUAUAGUUUACAGUUUUAUAAAAUCAACUCUAUGCUAUGGUUAAUGAUGAGUGGAUUAAUUUCAGUUAAAAGAAACAAUCAGUGCAGUGUAUUAAAAAGGUCAGGGUUGGAAGGAGCGGUUCACUAACAUAACACUGAUUAAAUUAUACACAUAGGCUACUAAUAUCUGUGUUCAUUAGAUAUUGAUUUCUAUAUUUGUAUUUUUUUGUAUUCAUUCAUAAAAUGAAUCCACAGCACAAUCUUAAAGCACAAACUGAAGUGAGAUGAAGUGUAUGUAAUGUUUCCUUAUGAUGUGUUGCUGUGAAGCAGGUCUGUUUCCUGUAUCAUUUCAUUCUCACUGUCAGCGCUCCAUACGUGAUGAUAUUUGACAAAAUGACAGUGGAUACCAGCAUCUGUCUGUGAGGCAUUAUUAUAGGAAACUGAAGAUCUGAAUAGAUGUCAUUCUAGUGGCUGUAUUUAGUAAAUUACAUUGUAGUGUUAGUGUUUUGUAUUGGGUGUAUGUAUUAUCUGUGCCGGCCGUGUCAGUGCUGAUAUUCCAGUUUUUUUUUUUGUUUUUGUUUUAUUGUGUCUGUAAGACCAAAAUGAAUGUUGCUCAUUUUUAAAAUAGGAAUUGUACAUAUAAAAAACCCAACUUUUAAACUGAAUAUCUGAGGCUUUCCCAGAGUUAUUGGAAGCACUUUCCCAGUCCGCUCAAGCUCCCAGAGGAUAAAAGUCUAGAAUAGAGCGACAGUCCCUUUAAACAUCAACCAGUGGUGGUAACAGAGAGACACUCCUCCACCAUGAAUGGGAAAUACUGAUAGAAAACUACGUCCGACAUCUUUGUUCUCGCUCUUCAACCAUCUUCUGCUGAUGGGAACAGCAAAUUGGACAAUGAUCAAUCAAAGGUUAAAACACCACCACGGAAAUGAAAUGAAUUUACAUGUAAAAGGGAGAGGGAUGGACAUCCCUAUAGCGGCUAAUGUUUACAACAGAUUUUAAGAAAAAGAAGUUGAUAUGAAGGUUGAUAAAGGCACAGUUUUUAAAGUAAAGCACCAUUUUCACCUCAUGAUUUUUUAAAAUCUUCAUCACAGUCAGAGCAAACCAACAAACAGCCCAAUGCUGGAAGAAUCAAAACCUAUGUGAAAUGAAUCUGAUUCAAACAGGGAGCACAAGUGUCUAAAAGCACACAGUAUAUUAUUGAUUGAGACUAUGAAGAUACACGGUUUCUGUUGGCCUCAUCGUACAAUUUAUGUCAUGCACAACAUACUUGGUCUGUGGAUACAAAGCAUUACUAUAUGUAUGAAUUGAUAAUGCCUUUAAUGAAUUGUUAUGGAGAGAAAAAGAACUCUAAUGGCAUAUUUUUAAUCUUAAAACCUGAAAGUACCUAUGUCAGUUAUUGUAACUGUUGUAUGUCAGUGACCAUGGCAGGUACAUGUAAUAAUAAAAAAUAUUUUUG